CACCUACGUAGCUUAUAUAUAGCCGGUGAGUUAAUGAGGUCGUAUCGAGAUCGGACGGUCGGAGAUAGUCACAGCCCCUACUCAGGUAUGACUUCACGCCCACAGAAUCCGCGCCGCACGAAAACGCGAUGCGGGCCAUCCGAUCAUCCGACUGGUUACGGCCAAAACUACGCCGCUACAGCGAAGGCGCGAGUAUAGUCCGAGGGAAUUGAACGUUGUUAAUUAGUUGGAAUAUAAGUUAAUAUAUAUAUCCAUACCUCUGAAGUAAAGAAUGCAUCCCGCGUCCAUCAACCAUUUAUCUACCUAGGUACCUAGUAGAUUCAAAUCUUGUGAUACAUCGCAUUCGACAUGGCACCUCUCCUGGCGACCGGUCCGCUCAACUUGGCCCUCGUAGGCUGUACUCUUGCGAUCGUAUACUUUGUAGCCCUUUCCAUUUACAAUGUAUUUUUACACCCUCUUCGAUCGUUCCCAGGGCCAUUCCUAUGGAGAAUGUCGCAUAUACCCAGGUCUCUCACAUUAGUCAGGGGGAAACUGCCAAUACACAUGAAAAACCUGCAUGCAAAAUACGGCCCCGUAGUACGCAUUUCCCCAAACGAGUUGGCCUUCAGCGACCCGCAAGCAUGGAAGGACAUCUACGGCCAUCGCAGCAAUGGCGAGCCCGAAUUGGCCAAAUACGAACUAUUCUACCGGGUUGUCGACCACAUACCGAGAAGUAUCAUCAAUGCCUACCGCGACGAGCACGCCUUCCUGCGUCGCCAGAUGGCCCACGGCUUCUCCGAGAGAGCUAUGCAAGCCCAGGAGCCCAUCAUUGGGUCCUACGUUGAUUUACUGAUCUAUCGGCUGCAAGAACGAUGUGCCGACGGCGUGACAGCUCUGAACAUGCGCGAGUGGCUGAAUUACACGACCUUUGACGUUAUCGGCGAUCUGGGCUUCGGCUCUUCAUUCAAGUGCCUGGAGGACUCCGACUACCAUCCGUGGGUGAAGCUGGUGACUACUGCCAGCAGACAGAAUGCCCUCCUAACCGCUCUAAGCAACGUGGGGCUUAAACUAGUUAAACGUGCCAUUCUACGCCUGGGGAACCUCGCCGUGAAAGAUAACUUGGCAUUAGUGCGGGAGACACUGCUGAAGAGGAUCGAGAACGGCAUCGAGAGACCGGACUUCGUCGACGGCCUGAUCAGGAAGAAGAAGGAAGGCGUGCUGGACCUCGGGCAAUUGGUUUCCACCUCCAGCACUCUCAUCAUUGCCGGGAGCGAAACCACCGCGACCCUUCUCACUGGCGUCGUCUACUUGCUUACCACCAACCCCGACAAACUAAACCUCCUCACCAAGGAAGUCCGCUCUGCAUUCACGAACGACGAAGAGAUCACCCUAACGUCGGUCGGCAAACUGACAUACAUGCUGGCCUGUCUCAACGAGGCUCUUCGCCGCUACCCUCCGGUUCCCGCCGGGCUGCCGCGGCAGGCACCCAAGGGCGGCUGCUAUAUCAUGGGGCAAUAUAUACCCGAGGGCACCGUCGUCGCAGUCUGGCAACACGCCAUCAACCACGACGAGAGAUUCUGGACGAAGCCGUAUACCUACGCGCCCGAGCGCUUCAUGGGCGGUGCGGAAUUCAAGAACGACCAGACCGACGCGAUGCAGCCGUUCAGCGUCGGGCCGCGGAAUUGCAUUGGGCGCAACCUGGCCUACGCGGAGAUGCGCCUCAUCCUGGCGAAGAUAAUCUACAACUUCGACAUGACCAUCGACGACGACAGCCGCGACUGGCUGCGCAACCAGCCGGCGUACAACUUAUGGGACAAGCCGGCCCUGAACAUCCACAUGAAGCCUGUUCCGGCAGGAAAGCAAAGGUGAAGGAAGGAGGGCCUCGCUAUCGGGAAUUUCGAAAGCCCGCUUACCUACUAGGUAGGUUAUGUAUGUAUGAGUGAGGCGGUGAGAAGCUAAAGUGACUAGUUUCUUUUUUCUCAUGAUGAUCACGAUGCUCUUUACCCUGUCGUGCGGGGAGGGGUCUGGGCUGGGUGCGGCGCAGCUGGAUAAGGGGGAUAGGUACUUUAUUAUGUGCUUUACAUCUUAGGUCGGUAGGUAUAUAGGUAUCCAUAAGUACGUGGUUUUAUUUAUAUACAUGUAUAUGGCAUUAUUACUUUAC